CAAGGAGAACCUCAUUUAUUUUGCACUGCUUUCCAUCUCUCGCUCUCUCUCUCUCCCUCUCUCACUUACUCAUUUACACACACUCUCUCUCUCUCUCAUACACACACUCACACACACGCUCCCGCUCUUUACAGCGUGUCUGUCUGAGAUCUCUUGAAGCCUCCCUUUCGUUUCUUCUCAGAGCCCGAGACACAGUCGUCACAGUCGUCUUUCUGUUCUCUCGUUCACUCGCUCUCCCUCCAUCUUUAACACGCCAAGGAUCCCUUUCUUUAGACGUCGACUUGACCGACCACCUUGCGCACCUUCGUCCUCGAGGCAGGCGGUCCGGCCAUCGACGGUCACUCGCGAGAACCCGAGCGAGAAGGUAGGCGAGGCCGCACCAAGCCCGAGAACACACACACACACUCACACACACACACACACACACACCUACACACACAUAUCUGCCGCCAUGCUGUGCGUGAAGUUGGCAUUCGCCUUGGCGCUCCUGGCGCCCGCCGCGCUGGCGGCGCCCAGCCAGUGCCCGAGCCAGUGCCACUGCCACGGCGACCUGCAGCACGUCAUCUGCGACAACGUGGACCUCAAGAAGAUCCCGCAGGUGUCGGAGACCACGCGCCUGCUCAACCUCCAGCGCAACACCCUGGGCCCGCUGACCACCGGCAGCUUCUCCGACAUGAAGGGCCUCAUCUCGCUCCACCUGCAGCACUGCAAGAUCCCGGAGAUCGCCGGGCAGGCCUUCAAGGGGCUCAAGAAGCUGAUCUACCUCUACCUGUCCAACAACGAGAUCUCCUCCAUCCGGCCGGGCGCCUUCGACGACCUGGGCGAGCUCACCUAUCUCUACCUGGACGGCAACCGCAUCGGCGCGCUGGCCAAGGGCAUCUUCGCGCCCAUGAUCAACCUGUUCAUCCUGCAGCUGGACAACAACCAGAUCCGCGACCUGCCGCCGGGCGUCUUCGCCGGCGCCAAGGACCUGCGCUGGCUGCACCUGAGCGGCAACGAGAUCGCCAGCGUGCAGCCGGGCUCGCUGGACGACGUGGAGAACCUGGCCAUCCUGCACCUGGACCGCAACAAGCUGAGCGCGUACCCGCUGGCCGCCAUGAGCAAGCUGCGCGUGGUGGAGGAGCUGACCCUCGCCAAGAACCCGCUCACCUUCGUCCCCGACAACGCCUUCCGCAGCUUCGGACGCUACAUGGAGAAACUGCACCUGGACAGCAUGGGGCUUCAGAAGUUUGCUGACGGAGCGUUCAGUGGGGUGACUGCACUGAAGUCUCUGCACCUGGACAACAACAAGCUCAAGUCGCUCCCAAGCAGCCUGGAGUUCUCCACCAUCACCAACCUGACCCUGGCCAACAACGCCUGGUCCUGUACCUGCCAGCUGAGCAACCUGCGCAAGUGGAUGGAUUCGAGCCGACAGCGACCUGACGCUGUGUGUUCCUCACCCUCCACCCAGAGAGGCAAGCAGAUCCGAGACAGCAACGUCUUCAGCCGCUGCAAAGGCAAAUCAAAGAGGGCCAAGAAGGGAACCCGCCAUUAAGCAGGAAGUAAAACACAGGGAGGUUUAGCAGAAAGAAGCGAGUGGAGAGGGUACAAGCCUGUCCAGGUGACCGGCUACGACGAAGAGGAACAUUUAAAAAAACAAAAAAAACAUGGAAGCAAUGCUAGACCUGCUACUUUGAGACUGUCCAUUUCUUACACUUUAAAAAAUGUAUAAAACACACCAACUCCUGGCAGUAAUGCAUGUUAAAAGUACAACAAGUGUUGCAAUAAAUGUAAAACAGGGGGUCAAAACAAAUUAAUGUAUUAGUACUGGUAGACAAAUGAAUCUAUAUUUUUUAAUACUGUGCGCAGUUUAUUGGAAAAUAAAGCAACAAAGGACACACAAAUACACACACACACACACAUUCAUACUCACUCAUACACACACACACACACACACACACACACACACACACACAAACAUUCAUACUCACUCAUACACACACACACACACACACACACAUUCAUACUCACUCAUACACACACACACACACACCCCGACAUACAUACGUAGACAUAGCUAUAUACAUACAUCUAGAUAUUCUGACCUCUUGAAAUGUCUGGCCAAACCGUAGAGGCUGCAGCCAUGUCUGUUUGCUUUUGUUUGUUGUGUUGUGUGUUUGUUUUCUACUUUCCUGUUUCAUUCGCUCCCUCAGAUGCCAGUCGUGCACUUUUCACCCCCUAGUCUGGGACCCAAACAUCUGUCGCCGUAGUAACGCCCACACCAGGUCACCCAGGUGACCCCGUAUUCUGACCACAGUGGGAAACUUUUCUCUCACAACCUUUAACCUUUGACCUCUGAACCUGAGCAAGUGCAAAUGCAGGAGGCUGGAUACUUCUGAUGAGGUGGACGAGAUGAAACAGAAGAGAGGGGUGUGAGGGGAAGGCUAGGACUCUAACACCGUGUCCUAAUUGUAAGCGACUGCGCGACUGUCGGAUAGUUUGUGUCCACAUUGUAUCCGUUAAGAUUCUUUGAUGAACCUUUGUUACGUCGUGAAGAAGUUAAUGUCAAGGCGGCGCGACGCGACUAAAAUAGAAACGGACAGCGCGACAAAACAGGGUUGAAGUAGUCGCGUAGCAAAGCAACUUGUCGCGUUCGUGCACAUCGCAUUCAGUCAGGACAUUCCAAUUGAAAAUACAGCGAUGGAACUGAAUUUGUUGCACGCAUUCGGUCGCGUCGCUUGCAGUUAGGACACAGUGUUACCAGACCCACAAUAUUAUUCAACUACCUUUUGAUGUUUGAUCGCCCCCCCCCCCCCCCCCCAAAAAAAAACGCUUACAAAAUCUUAUUCAACUUCUAUUGUCUGUAAAAUGAGUAAGUCCAUUGGCAUUUGAUAUUUAGGGGGGGGGGGCUGCCUUUCAACCAUGUUAAUCUAAAUAAGUAAAGCACAAUAAAAAACAAAAAUGGCAUUAUGUGAUUAUCGAUAUCACCCUGACGACCCUUCACUUUGGACAAAAGCAGCUGACCGUAACUAUGACAACCCCAGCUUAGCUUUUCUUCUUCCUGUGCGAGGGCUAAUCAGACUCUUAUACAGCCUACAGCCUGUUUGGUGGCCCCAGUCCAGAUGUUGUCUUUAGGUGAAACGACUGUCUGGUGGGUUGGCGGACGGUCUGGGAGGUCUGGUAAGGAGCAGUAUAUUGGCAAGUCACUGCAUGAGUGCAUCAGUGAGGCAUAUCAACUCUGGGAGCUACCAUACUAAUGACUCUUAUGCAUCCUGUUCGUAUGUUAAGCAUCCUACGCAGACUUGUGUUAGAGGUUGUGUUGCUGCUGGACACUUCCAAUAAACAUCAAAGACAUGAAA